AAAAACUAGCCGGCAGCCGGUGUUUUUACGCAUCUAAAAUGUUUCCUUGUUACGCACAUAUCUUGUUUUCUUUAAUUUGCAUGACAGUCCAAUCGUCUAGUCCUGAUGCUUCAAAAUGUGGUUAUUCUAGCUGUCCUAAAGGAAAAGAUGGUAUGCUCAAUGUUCAUUUAGUACCUCACACACAUGAUGAUGUUGGAUGGCUGAAGACAGUUGACCAGUAUUUUUAUGGAGAAAAAAAUAACAUCCAGAGAGCUGGAGUGCAAUACAUUUUGGAUUCUGUUGUUCAGGAACUAUUACAAGACCCCUCAAAGAGAUUUAUUUAUGUAGAAAUAGCAUUUUUUGCACGAUGGUUGAAUGAACAAAAUGAUAUUAUGAGACAUGCAGUCAAAGGACUUGUUAAAUCAGGUAGAUUAGAGUUCAUACUGGGAGGCUGGUGUAUGAAUGAUGAAGCUACCACUCACUACAAUGCCAUUAUAGACCAGCAUGCCCUGGGAUUUGAAUUUUUACGUCAGAAUUUUGGAGAGUGUGGUAGACCUCGAGUUGCAUGGCAGAUUGACCCUUUUGGACAUUCUAGAGAACAAGCUUCAUUAUUUGCACAGAUGGGCUUUGAUGGUUUAUUUUUCGGACGUGCUGACUAUGAAGAUAUAGAUCAGAGAAAGAAAACAAAAACAAUGGAAAUGAUGUGGAAUGGAAGUCCUAAAAAUUUAGGGUCCAAGGCAGAUUUAUUUACAGGAGUCCUAUUUAAUGGAUAUAGUCCACCACCAGGUUUCUGUUUUGAUAUCAACUGUAAUGAUGAUCCUAUUCAGGAUGAUGACAGAUUGCAUGAUUACAAUGUUGACCAGAAAACUACACAGUUCAUAAGAUAUGCUCAGUUACAGGCUUCUCAUUAUGCCACUAACAACAUAAUCAUGACAAUGGGAAGUGAUUUUAAUUACCAGAAUGCCCAUACAUGGUUCAAAAAUAUGGACAAACUCAUCAAAUAUGUCAAUCAGAGGCAAGUCAAUGGAAGUAAAGUGAAUGCUUUCUACUCCACACCAUCCUGUUAUCUUCAGAGUUUAAAUAAUGCCAGCAAGACAUGGACCACCAAACAAGAUGAUUUCUUUCCAUAUGCACACAGACCACACAGUUUCUGGACAGGGUACUUUACCAGUAGGCCAACCCUGAAGGGCUUUGUCAGACAAACUAAUAAUUUCUUACAGGUUUGUAAACAGUUAGAUGGACUUGCAGAAUUAAAAGAUACAGAUAAUAGUACAUUUCAUUUAAACAUCUUACGUGAAGCAUUAGGUGUUGCUCAGCAUCAUGAUGCAGUGUCAGGUACAGAGAAGCAAGCUGUUGCCUAUGACUAUGCAGAAAGAUUAGCUAAUGGUGUAAUGGAAUGUCAGAAAGUUGCAAAUGAUGCCCUGAAAAAGUUAUAUAAGAAAGGAAGUACACCAGCCCCUAAUCAGCUGUUUUGUAACCUACUCAACAUAAGUGCAUGUCAUGUGACUGAAAACAGUAAACAGUUUACUUUGACUGUAUAUAACCCCUUGGCACGAUCAGUUAUUUCAUGGAUCAGACUGCCUGUUGUUGGAACAAAUUAUACCAUAAGAGGACCAAAAGGCGAAAACCUGCUAUCUCAGAUAAUUCAAGUAUCAGCUGACACCAAAAGGAUACCGGAAAGAAAAGGAUCCCUUGCAAAGAAUGAACUGGUAUUCCGUGCAGAUCUUCCUCCAUUGGGAUUUAAUACCUACUUCAUUAGUAUGACAGGUUCAAGGGAGAAACAAUCCACAAAGACAUUUAAAAUGAAAUCAAACAGUGAUCUAGUGAUGAAAAAUGAGCAUGUCUCCUUAACAUUUGAUGGGCCAACUGGUGCCCUUAAGCAGAUAACAAAUCUAGACAGUCGGGUAACUGUACAAGUGAAGCAAGAGUUGAUGUACUAUAUAGGUGUAUCAGGAUCUUCAAAAUCUUCAGCUCUCAAUGCUCAGCCAUCAGGAGCUUAUAUAUUCAGACCAAAUGAAACUGUACCUUUGUCUUUCCAUGCUGACUUAAAGAAAACAACUGUUAUCAAAGAGGGUGCUCUUGUACAAGAGGUUUAUCAGAAGUUUAGCCCUUGGGCAACACAAGUGAUCAGACUUUAUGAUGGAGCUCAACAUGCAGAGUUUGAAUGGACAGUUGGACCAAUUCCUGUUAGUGAUAUGAUUGGGAAAGAAGUAAUAUCGAGAUUCAGUACUGACCUGGCCACUAAUGGUGUUGUUUAUACUGAUGCAAAUGGCAGAGAAAUUCUACAGAGAAAGAGAAAUCACAGAGACACAUGGAAUUUUACCAAUACAGAACCAGUGUCUGGCAAUUAUUAUCCUGUUAACAGUAGAAUAUAUCUAAGAGAUGAGACAAAGAAGAUACAGUUUACAGUACUAACAGACAGAAGUCAGGGAGGUGGUAGUAUAACAGACGGUAACCUAGAACUUAUGGUACAUAGACGACUGUUGUGGGAUGAUUAUUUAGGUGUAGGUGAGGCUCUGAAUGAGACAGGAAUGGACGGCAAAGGAUUGAUAGCUAGAGGAAAACACUUCAUAUAUGUAGAUACGAUAGAGAAUUCAGCCAAAUUCCACAGAGACAUGGCCCUGAAACUGUAUAUGGCACCAAGUUUGUCAUUUACCACAUCAACAAUGAAACAGUCUGAUUGGACUAAAGUCUAUCAUACAUCAUGGAGUGGAUUGAAAGCAGCUUUACCAGAUAAUGUUCACAUAUUGACCUUUGUACAAUGGGCUGGGCCAUCGUUCACUCCAAGAACUUCUCAGCCAUACCUUGUCAGAUUUGAACAUAUUUAUGAGAAAGAUGAAGAUGUAGAACUGUCAAAACCUGUUAAGAUAGUUUUACAGAAUUUAUUUGUACCAUUUGAUGUACAAUCUGUGGAGGAGUUAACAUUGGGUGCUAAUUUACAGUUAUCUCAGUUACACAGACUGCAGUGGAAAACUAACCAACAUUUCCCUGAUUUAUCAAGACAAUCACAGCCUGUUACUGCUACUGACAAUUUCACUGUCAUACUCAAUCCAAUGGAAAUUAGAACAUUCCAGAUUACAUGGAAAUAAAAAAAAAAUGGAAUUAAAAAAAACGUUAUUCUUAAAAAGGGAUUUUAAAGGAGAACUUGAUACAUUCCUCAACUUAAGAAUUCAAUUCCAAGUUGUCAAAGCAAUAUUAAGGAAAAUACUAAAGUUACAAUUCUAUGUUGCAUAAGUAUCUAUUAAUAGUUGACACUAAUAAUGUUUCCUGCAAUUCAGCAUUUAUGCCCCAUCUUAAGCAUAGAUUGGAAUUUUUUCUUUCAUUUCAUUAUAAAUUUUGAGAAUAAUUCAUAGUAUAUUAACUAUAUUUAUAUAGUUAUUAGUCUUUUUAAUUUUACAUUUUUGUACUAUCUAUUGCUUAAGGGGGCUACUGGUUUUUUUCCUAAUAUUAUAGGAUUUUCCUAUGUUUUUCUAUGAUUAAACUUUAUCUUAUACCUAAUAGAAAUAUGAAAUAAAAAUAUGAGGUCACCGUUCAUUUGAGCUCACAAUCUGCCUCCGAAAGAAGCAUACAUUUUUGUUAAUGUCCUUUUUUUCUGUUGAACUAAAAGGAGAAAUAUUGCUAAUAUUGAAAUUAAAAAAGAACUAAAUUACAGAAAUCUCUAAAAUUUUACAAUUAUUUAGUUUAUGUACAGCUUGUUUUGAAAACAUUAAUUAAAAAUAUAGGUCACGGAUGAGUUAAAAAAGAUAUUUCAAUUUAAAGGUAAAAAAAUUACAUUUUUGCACCAAAGGGAGAUAAUUUGGAGCUUUUCCAAUGAUAUGAACAUUUUAAAAGUCAUCUGUGGCCAAACCAAAUCGAUUUUUCUUGGUGAUUUUUGUACCAUGAUAUAAAGUAAUAACUAAUUGUGUAAUAAAUAAAACUUGUAAUGGAAAAACAAAUGUUUAAUUUUUUGCUGUUUUUUUUAUACCCGCGAGCCUCCUUAAGCUUGAAAUUGAUUUAUAUAUUUUUUAGGAAAGACCAUGUUUUCUAUUAAUUAUGAUUUCUUAUUUAUCAAUUAUUAGCAUUAUGUGGUUUGGGUUAUGAAGAUUGUGUGAUAGAGAAGUAUGAGGUCCUCUAAAGAGUGCCACAAUGUUUUAAUUGAGCUUAACAUAAUGAAACAAUGAGUAAUUUUAUGAUUUCGAGUAUAACUGAUUUGGUGUGGGUUAUUUAUCUUGUAGGUUACAAUUUAUUUCUGAAUGACUGAAAUGAAUCAUGAAUGCAUUUAUGAUUGUUAUGAUGGUUUUUUGUCCCCACUUAGGGGUAUUAUAUUUUUCAGUCUGUGUGUCUGUCUGAUCUUUUGUCUGUUUGUCUCUCCAUCUGUCUGUCCAGCAAAAAUUGAAGUGUUUGGUCAAAGUAAAUUUUGAAAAAGUUGAAGUCCAAUCAACUUGAAACUUUUUACACAUCAUCCCUACAGUAUGAUCUUUGUAAUUUAAUGCCAAAUUCGAGUUUUUACACCAAUUGCAUGGUCCACUGAACAUAUAAAUGAUAGUGCAAGUGGGGAAUCUGUGUACUAUUAACACAUUCUUGUAAUGAUAUGUUUCUUUGGUCCCAGUAUGUAUAGGACUAGCUCAAUAUUUCAUUACAGAUCUCCGUGGUAAGGGUCAGGAUGGUGUUUACAUAAUAGAAAUGAUUGGAUUAAAAGUUGGCCAAAAAAAUGGCUUAUAAGUUAAAGAAUACAGAAAUAAAGGACCCCCAUUUAGACCUUCAUGUCAUUGUUGAAUUUAAAACUUAAUCUCGUUUAAUCCAAUAAAUCAGUUGAUCCUGUUUGUCAUAAAAGUUGUUUUAAAUUUCCAUUAGUGUAAAAUGUAUCAGUUUAUUAAGUUUUUGUUGUUAAAAGUAAAAUAAAUAUUUUAUAUCUGCAUGUUUGAAGAUUCAGUAGAUUGAUUGGAAAUCUUUAUCAGUCUUUAUUUACUGUUUUGCUUUAGGUAAGAUUUUUACAUUUUUUUGUCAGUUUUCCUGGUGAAGGUCUGUUGUUCUGUCAGUCUUCCUUUACAAUAGAAAAAAACCUGCUCUGAUACAACUAAUAGUUCUGAAAGUGAUGCUAAGACACCAACAAUCAACCAAUCAGAGAUAGUCCUUUUUUAGCUAUUUGCGUAAGGCGAUGUGUAACCUCCAUUCUAGAAUAGACUGGGAAAAUUGAAAUCCACAAUGAACUAAAGUCAACAAUUUUUAAGUCCAGAUGAAUCUUUAGGCGUGCAGGGUUCAUUAAAAUCAAUAAAGGUUAUUUAUCUUCUCAUUGAUUAAAAAACAACUGAAUUUUGACCAACUUAAACUGUAUACAAAUCAAUAUUUGAUGUUUUCAAGCUAAAAAAUUUAACAUUUUGAAAUGGCAAUAUAUAAUUGGAGAAAGUAUUCUCGUAUCUUUCAUGGUCAUAAUUUCAAUUUAUGUUUGUUUUACUGAUUGCUUGUUAUGUUUGUACCUGCUUGUUAUUGUUUUGAAAUAUUUCUCUUCAUAAUAAAAAUAUGAUUACUAUA